CUCUCUGUACCUUCAGGCCUGUGAGGCGAUGGCGACCAGCUCAUCCCCAAUCACGCAGGUCUCGCAGAAUGCGCCCUCUCCUACUGCCGGACUGCAACAGCCGUCGCUCCUGACGCGUCUGUUCCUCGACCUGCGCGGUCGUCGCUUCGAGGUCGAGCGAGAGACGAUUAUGAGCUUGCCCGAGUCGGUGCUGCUCGGCCUCUUCCCUAAUGGGCUGGUUCUCAGUCGACAAAGUGUUGCUCUCGCCGACGGGCAAGAGGGCGAGGACGAGGAGGAUGUAUACCCCGUCGACUUCGACCCAGAUUGCUUCCAGUAUGUCCUCAACUUCUUCAGGAAUGCUGCAGAGCAGUUCUAUGGUGUGGGCGAUCAGCCAGGCCUUCUCGCUGCGCAACAACAUCUUUUGGAAGGAUCCCCCACCUCCGACUUCAGUGGCCAGAACCCUCUGCUAUCCAAGCAAGCCAUCAUCGUACUGCGAGAAGAGCUUGAGUACUUCUCCAUUCCCCCGAAGGACGUUGGCGCUGCGACUGACGCGAACGGUCUGGCCAACGAGGCGCUCCUCAACAUCAAGCGCAAAUGCGGCGAACACCUAAUCGACAAGCGUAAGAUUUUCACUGCAUUACAGCGCAACGUCAACAAGGAGAACAAUGUUGCGGAGCAGCAUCUCAUCGACAUGCUUUGCAUGAGUGGUUUUGACAGAAACGACGAGUGGGGCUUCCGCGCCCUCGAGCCCUCUCGCUGCUGCAUAUCAUCCGUUGCCCUCGUCUUGCUCCAGACGGGUAUCAAACAUCACGAGGACAAGCCCGCCGAUAUCGACUACCAGCAGAUGAUAACAGCGCAGAAGCUGUUGCUUUUCUGGCGCAAGCCCGCUCGUAAAUGUUGGUGGGACGGCCUAGAGGUGGACUUGAGAGACUCCUCAAACGAGAAGGCGCCUCCGAACAUCGUCAAGUUAUGGGCCCGACGCGUCUGGACGUUGGAACUGAGCUUGAUAUGAGCAUGAACGGGCCUUUCGCGCGCUCUGUUUGGCCCUCUUACGGACGACUGCGCUUCAUGUAUACCCCUCUAAUGCUUCACGGAUCUGGAGAAUACCUCAUGAGGCCCCUCUAUCUUCCUUUAGUCGUAGUCUACGCCCCUACCGGGUAGUGUCUUCCUGUGCUCACCGCCAUCGUACAUUCGCUGCAUCGAACUUCAUUAUCAAGUGUCAUUGCUGUCUUCAAGCCCUGAAGCAGUCACCUCGUGGAGGCAGGGUGUCUUGCUGCUGAACAGAGUCUAUUCGUCUGUUGCCUCCUCCGUCGAAAUCAGCUUUAG